AUGAGUGACGAAACGGCGUCGUCUUCGUCUCCGUCUCCGGCGAAGAAGAAGCAGAGUUUGGGAUGGAUGGAGUGGAUGAGAGGCUGGAGCAGUGUUUUCCAGGAGAUUCUCUUCCAGAGGAUCACAGCGUCUCAUUUGGAGAACCCUCUCCCUCUUCCUCCCGUCAACGACCUCACUUGCGUCGUCACUGGCUCCACCAGCGGCAUUGGUCGCGAGACCGCCAGGCAGCUUGCAGAGGCUGGUGCUCAUGUUGUGAUGGCUGUGAGGAACACAAAAGCAGCUCAUGAGCUGAUACAGCAAUGGCAGAACGAGUGGUCUGGUAGAGGUCUCCCACUUAAUAUCGAGGCAAUGGAACUUGAUCUUCUUUCACUGGAUUCUGUGGCGAGGUUUGCUGAUGCUUGGAACGCCCGUUUAGGACCUUUGCAUGUUCUGAUUAACAAUGCCGGCAUAUUUGCUAUGGGAGAGGCGCAGAAGUUCUCAGAGGAUGGAUAUGAGCAGCACAUGCAAGUGAAUCAUUUAGCUCCAGCGCUGCUUUCAGUACUCCUUUUGCCGUCUCUGAUCCGAGGCUUUCCUAGCCGAAUCAUUAAUGUCAAUUCCAUUAUGCAUGGUGUCGGUUUUGUUGACCCGGAUGACAUGAAUGUUGUUUCCGGUAGACGUAAGUACUCGAGCCUUGUAGGAUACUCGAGCAGCAAGCUUGCCCAGAUUAUGUUUAGUAGCAUUCUUUUCAAAAAGCUGCCUCUGGAAACAGGAGUCAGCGUCAUAUGUCUAUCCCCUGGUGCUGUGCUAACAAAUGUUGCCAGGGAUCUUCCCAGAUCUCUCCGAGCUGUUUACGCAGUGAUACCUUAUUUCAUAUUUUCACCCCAAGAAGGUUGUAGAAGUACCCUAUUCUCUGCCACAGACCCUCAGAUUCCAGAGUACUGGGAAACACUAAAGAACGAUGAUUGGCCUGUUUGCCCGUUCAUCUCUCAAGAUUGCCGUCCUGCAAAUCCUUCCGAAGAAGCGCACAACACAGAAACUGCUCAGAGAUUGUGGGAAAAGACGUUAGAGCUGGUGAGUCUUCCUCUCGAUGCAGUUGAGAAGCUCAUAGAAGGAGAAAAUAUCCAAUGCCGUUAUGGAGCUCAACCCGAAUAG